AUGGCUGAUCUUAGCAUUCUUGAGCGGGUCAAAAAACGGCUUUUCACCGAUGAUACACAAGUUAUUCCAGACUUCGAGCAGUCCAUUCUCUUUUCGGACAAGACGCAACAGAUCGGCGCUGUUCGGCUCCCGCAAUUACCGCUAGAUGAGAUGGAAUUUGCCGAAAGGGACACAAAUGUUGGCGUCAAUACGGAAAAGGAACAGAAUGAGGCGACAGAAGGAGGAAAAGAAAACAUAGAAACCACUGGAAGCAAAAAGAGUCACCAUGAACCCAUCGACAGCGAAAGGACGCGAAUCGACAAGCUUUUUGAAGAUUCCGAAAGUGGGGGUGUGGGAAAUGGCAGCCACGAUGGCCGCAAAUCUUUUGGCAGCCAAGACGCACUUGAAAAUGGCAGCCAAACUGGUGCCGAACCGCUUGACUUUGACGCGCGCGUGGCAGCGCUUGUGGAGCAGAAGCGCCUCGAGCGAUUGCGCGCAGUGGAAGCAGAAGAAGCGCAGUGGCGCGAUGGGCCCGCAGUCGACCUGUCCACGCAGGGCGGCCCGAAGGGCGCCACCAAAAAAGAGCUCGAGAAAAUGGAGCAGCUUCUCUACACGCAGAAGCGCAGCCGCCCCAUUGCCCCUGCGUUUGCGCGGCGAGCAGCCAACCCGCUUCUGCGCCUAGUAGCGGAGCUCGAUAGCGACGAAGAGAGUAACCAAGUGAAUGGCGACGAGCUAGGAGAGAAUGUCCAGACCGCAAACGAAAAACAUGAAUCCAGCGACAAACACGACAGUGCAGGCGGCGAGACCAAAGAAGUGUCGCCUGAGGACAAUUCGCCAAGCGCAGAUCAUCUGUACGACGAGCUCAACGUGCUAGAUCUUAUAACGCAGCCCACACAGCCCGCGCCACGCCGCAAACGCAACCCGAUAGACGACUACGCACAACGCCUCUUGCAGCGGGCCGAGUCGAACGUGGUGCUUGACGAUUCCGACACAGAGGGCACGCCCGACGUUCCUGAAAUGACCAAGGAGCAGCGGCUCGCAGUCAAGAAGCGGUACUCAAGACGGCCCGACCAGAUGCGGGCGACGCUGAAAUUCCAUCCUCCGCGCGCACGGACGGCCGAGGCGCGGCUUGCCGACCAGUUGCGGCGGGCCAACGCACGACAGUUGCGCGAGGCGCGCAGUGCCGACCCGGACGCGGCGUUGCUCGAGGAGAUUGAGCAGGAGGAAGAGGAAAUGGGCACGUUGUUGGAGCGCGAGAUGGAGCGCGUGCGGCGUCUUCGGAAACGCGAGCGGGCGGAGGCUGAGAAGAAGGAAGACGAGGAGUAUGCGCCAGGCGACUCGGACGCUAGCGUUCCCGACAGCGACGGCGACUCUGUCAACGACAGCGAGGUUGGGGAAGAAGACGAAGGAGACGACGAUGAUGACGAUCACGAUGACAAUGGCGAUGACGAGGACGAACUCGAAGGCGACGAAAACACCGCUUCGCGCCGCCGCGCACGUCGGGUGGUAGAGUCGGAUGCCGAGGAAGAGCGCCAUGACGACAGCUACAUGUUUGGCGGAGGAGCCGAGCGUGACGAGGAUGGCGAGUUGAUGCAGAUCCAAAGCGACGGUGUCCGCGAGCCGCUGCCGCUAGACGUGGCAGCGAUUGUGCCGACCGAGCGCAGCCGGUUCCGUCUUUUCGAUAAUUUGGAGCAACGGGCUGCGCCUGCCGUAGCAGAAACGUCCAUCGACGAGUCGUUCGGGCCUGCGCCAUCGUUUGUUGAUCUUCCGACGCAGGAUACCCAACGAGUGAAGCCAACACAGGCAGAUGAACCAACACAGGCCGAUACAUCCACACAGGCAGAUAAUUCACAGGCAGAUAAACCACCAGAGAGACCAUCACAGACAGAUAAACUACCAGAUAGAACAUCACAGACAGAUAGACCAUCACAGACAGAUAGACCAUCGCAGACAGACUUGUUGACACAGGCAGAAUUGACGCAGCCAGACGGAACAUCCACCCAAGCAGAUGCGACAACUAUGCACGAUGCCUUGGCCGGAGACGAGUCUGAUGGUGACUAUCCAGCUGCAGUCCAAAGAGGCAAGCUUGAAGUCCAGAAUUCUGUGGUUACAACCGACAUGGACGCCGAAAAAGAUGCUGAAAAAGAGGCCGAGCGGGCAGCAGAAGCGUUGGCGCUCUUUGAAGCACGCAUCCGUCGCAAAGAGCUUCGUGCUCGACGCCGGCGGAAAGAGUUGGAGCGCCGCGGCGUGGGUGCCAUCGUCGAGGGCGAGGCUGAAGAAUCUGAAGACGAGUGGAAAGGUGUUGGAGGCGCGGACGUCGAUGAAAGUGACCAGGCUGACUCAGAAGAUGAGCGCAUGAUCGACAACACGUUCAACCUCGUGCUCAACGAUGAGGAGGUCCGGCGAAAGUUCAUGGAGCAAUACCGUGUCAAAGAUCGCAAAGAGUUGGAGAAGUUGAUGGAUGACGUGAAAAAUCACAGACUCUCCAAGCGUGCACGGGCUGGCAAGUUCGACGUGGAGUUGAGUGAUGAAGAAGACGAACUCUUGAUGGCGUAUAGACGACAGAAGCUUCAGGAGCAGAAACAGCGUCUCUUGGCUAACAAGCAGCUCCAACGGUUGGCGAAAAACGAUCGAGCACAAGCGUUUUUUGAAUCGAUUCAGGAUGAGCCGGUGUCAAUUGCAUUGGAUGAAUCGGAUGGCGAGUCUCCAGCUCCUAGCACGAUUCCUGAAGACGAAGACGGCACAGAUACGCCAAGAGAGCCUCGCCGGAUUGUGAUUGAGGAAUCUUUUGUGCAACAACAGCUUUCGUUUCUCUCCAAAACUGCCGAGGACGACUACAUGGCUAUUCAGGAAGAGUCUUUGCGGCAGCAUGGCGAUGAUAAUGACGAUGAUGAUGUGGAAGACUUGGCGACGCUCAAAAGCCGAAGCCUCAGCAACUUGUACAACCGAAUAAACCUGCCUGAAGAACGAGGCAAGCGGAGCUACGAGGAAGUUUUAACGGACGAAGACAUUGACAAUGAACAAAUUGACAGAGGAAAAUCGGAGAAGAUUCAAAAUGAUGACGGUGAUAAUGAUGAUGAUGACGACGACGACGACGCCGGCUUCCCACUCUUUAAAAGACCAUCCGUGGUUGGUUCUUUUAGAUCAUUUCACGAGAAGCAGGGAGUGCAAGUGUCUACUAAAUCUUUUAGUGGUGUCACAGUGAGCAAGCAGUACAAAGUUGCAUCAGGAGCGAAGGCUUCGAUAUCGUACUUGUCAAAAGCAAGUAAGAGUGGACAAAAGAACGCUGUGCGGAGUUUGAAAGUGAAGCAGAUCGAGGAGACCAUCGAUCGGAGCCGUCUGGGAGGCAGUUUUUUCGGCAAGGGGUCCAACUUCAGUUAA